AUGACUUUGGCUUCGUUUUUGCCACCAAGUUUCAGAGGUUCCAAUCCUACGGAAGUGGAUAAUUGGUUCCAGGCCAUGGAGCAUGCGUUACAAGCACAACAUGUUCCAAACAACCAGUAUGUGGAGUUUGCUGUGUAUCAGCUUUUGGGAGAAGCUCAGGAAGCGAAGGAGAUGGAGCUUAUGCAGCUGAAGCAAGGUUCCUUGUCUGUGGCAGACUAUACUAGCCAAUUUAAAGAGCUCGGUAGGUUCUCUAGGGCGUAUCAGGGUGCCAUGGAGAGCUAUAAAAGUUGGAAGUGCAUCAAGUAUCAAAGGGGCUUGAAGGAUAACAUCAUGACUGUUGUUGCUCCUUUGGAGAUUCAGACCUUCUCCGAUCUUGUGAACAAGGCGAGAGUGGUUGAGGAAUAUGCAAAGACGAUAGCCUCGUCAAGGGACACUCAUGGAGGAAACACUAAUCGAGGAUGUGGUGAUUACCUUGGACCAAGGAGACAGAACUUUAAUAGAAAUGAACACACUCCUCAGCAUCUUCGAGGACAAGGGGAUUUUAGAAGAAACAACAAUGCUCAGUUCCACAUGGCAAAGGAAAAUGGUCGAUGCUAUACUUGCAAAUUGCCAAGGCACCUUGCUAGGAACUGCCGUUGA